ACAAUAACCGCCCACCAUCACAGUGAGAUGAGGAAGCGAGCGCGUGCGUGCCUUAUAAGAACACACACACAGCAGAUGGGUUGUCUCAGCCUUCAGCGGUGAUUCAGACCUGGUCUCCUGGGCUCGGACCAACCUGUGACCCCCUGGAGAUGAGGACUCUGCAGGGCUCCACGCUGCUGCUGCUGCUGCUGCUGCUCGCUGCAGGCUGCGUGCACGCGUACAAACCCGUUAUUAUUGUGCACGGACUUUUCGAUGGACCGAAAGAGUUCACUAACCUGACUGGGUUCAUUACUAAGGUGCAUCCAGAGACCGAAGUGAUGACCAUCAGUCAGUAUGAUUACAAGGCCAGUGUGACGACCAUGUGGCAGCAGGUCAAAGCCUUCAGGAACGAUAUUGAGAAAAUCAUGCUCAAGUACCCUGACGGUGUCCAUCUUCUGUGCUUUUCACAAGGUGGAUUAAUUUGUCGAGGAGUUCUCUCCACCAUGCCACAUCACAACGUGCACACUUUCAUUGCGCUGUCUUCACCCUUGGCUGGACAGUACGGAGAAACAAGCUACCUGAAGCGUAUAUUUCCUGAUAGUGUGAAGAAGGAAGUUCAUGUGAUUUGUUACAACAAAGUAGGACAGAUAAUGUCUAUAUGCAACUACUGGAAUGACCCUCACUACAGAUCCAGCUACCUGAGGAAAAACAACUUUCUGCCAGUGCUUAAUGGUGAAAACCCUCCCAGUAAAAUGAGCGCAUGGAGAGAGAACUUCUUGCGUAUCAAGAAGCUGGUGCUGAUUGGAGGACCAGAUGAUGGUGUCAUCACUCCAUGGCAGUCCAGCCAUUUUGGAUUCUACAACAGCACUGAAGAUGUUGUAGAAAUGAGGAACCAGAAGUUCUACAAGGACGACUUGUUUGGGUUGAAGACGCUGGAUUCCCGUGGCAACAUCUCGGUGUGUAUUCACUCCGGAGUGAAACACACUGAGUGGCACUCCAACUUCACAGUGUUCAGGAGUUGCAUGGAGGAGUGGCUCACAUGAAGACGACUCGUGCAGAUAAAACAUAUUGAUACAAGGAGCUCUUGACUGGAAAUUUAUACUAGUAAAAUAAACAUUUAGACACCGUUUAAAGAUCCACUGUAAAGAUUUCAAUGACAUCUAGUGAUGAUUUUAAAGACUACACCCACAAUUAUUUAGUAUUUUAUGAACAAAUGUGUCUUAAUCUUUUACAGAGGAAUUUUAAUGGACGUCCUUCUUUUUAUGCAGAUGUUAAUGAUCCACCGAAGAUAACCCUGAUAGUUUCACUUGUAGAGCUUUUCUAAUAACUAACUUCUAAUAAUCUGAUUUACUUUAAUAUAAAUAGCUAGCCAUGUUUCUAAUAGGAUGAAUUCCAAUAUAAAGAAAUCAAUCUGUAUUUUUAUAACAGUUUUUAUACUUAAAGCAGCUCAAUGUGCUGUACAAAAAAGCAAUGGAAACUGGAUUUACUAAAUUCAACUAAUUCAGAAUUUGUGAAAUCAUAAAAGUUCAUUCUACAAUUUCACGGUAGGAUGAGGUAUUGGUCUGAAAAACAUUAAAUCUUUGGUAAGGUGAACAUAAAAGUUUUAAAUCACUAAUGACAAAAGACCGAGUUUUUAUUCCUCCUUUAACCCAGAGAAAAUUACAAUUACUUAAAUGUUUAGUUUGAGAUGUGGAGUUCCCCAGAGUCAGUCCUUAGACCUCUUCUGUUCAACGUGUAUAUGUGUUGUUUAUUUGUUCUUGACGAUAUUCUGUAGUUUUUGUGAAGCUGUCGUAUGGUGGACUACUUUUCCUCUUCUCUGUGCCGUCCUGUCAUUUCCUUCUUUUAGUUUUCUUGGUGUCGUAUUGUUGUUCUGCAAUGUGGUGACUUUCUUCUCUGGAUCAUGCUGCUGUUUUGUAGUGAAUUACUUUAAGCAGGUGAUGUGACAAAAUACUUUGAGGAAAAACCUGCUCCAGACACCAGUUUGAUGUAUAAUAAAAAAGAUGAUUUUAUUACAAAAGUGACACCUUAAACAUAUCUGGAGAAUCUGUGAGGUCUCUGAAGCCGAAUUAGAAAACUCACUGAAUAUUUGUGUCAAGUGCUUAUAGAUGCAAUCUCAAACAAAGAACAUUCCUGAACACACCUGGAAACAGUCCUCAGAGGUCCUGAGACUCCGCAAAUGAUAACAUAUCACGUUACAGUCUAUGGUACGAGAGUUCCAGAGAUGGGGAGCAGAGCGGCUGAAUGCUCGGCUCCCCAUAGUGAUGAGACAGGCAGGGGGACAAGAAGCUGGAGAGAGGAGGAGGAGCGAAGUGAGCGGACAGGAUUGGCAUUGUGCAGGAGAUCAGAUAUAUAUGGUGCGGCCAGAUUGUGGAGUGCUUUGACUGUAAUAAGGAGAAUUUUGAAGUUAAUUCUUUGUUUUACGGGGAGCCAGAGAAGUUGUAAGAUGAGGGUGAUGUGGUGAGUAGCAGGGGUCUGUGUAAUGAUGCGUGCUGCAGAGUUUUGGAGGAGCUGCAGUUUCUGGAGGGAUUAAUUGGGGAGACCAAAAGGAAGUGAGUUGCAGUAGUCAAUCUGGGAGGUAACGAGGCUGUGGACGAAGAUGGCAGUGGUGUGGAGGGUGAGAGAGGGGCGGAGACGAGAAAUGUUUCUCAAGUGAAAAUAUGCAGACCGGGUGAUACUGUUAUUGUAGGAGUGAAAAGAAAGAGUGCUGUCGAGGACAACACCCAGACUCUUUACCUGAGGGGAGGGAGGGCAGGUGAGUUGUUUAUGGAAAUGGGAAAACUGUUGGAGUUGAGAGAGUGUGGGGCGUGCCUACCAGGAGGACUUCUGUUAUAGAGCUGUUGAGUUUGAGGAAGUUGGAGGAAAACCAAGAAUGAAUUUCUUGUAGACAGGUGGUGAGGGAGGUUGGUGGAAGUGAAGAGGAUGGUUUGGUAGAGAGGUAGAGCUGGGUGUCGUCCGCGUAGCAAUGAAAAUUAAUAUUGUGUCUGCGAAGGAUGUAACCAAGCGGAAUAAUGUAGAUAAUGAAAAGGAGGGGCCCCAGGACAGAGCCCGUAAGCCACAGUCUCAUAUGGUGACAAUUCUAAAUGUGUCUUACAUAAUGCUAUGCUGAGAUACUACUAGGAACGUAUCAGCCUGUCUACAUGGAAUCUAAAAUUCACUGACUUUUAGCAAAUAACAGUCUGCUUAGAGCUGCAACCAAAAAUAAUUACAACUAUGAAAUUCUGAGAAUCAGACACUACAUAUGCUCCCUUUGGGUCAAAUAUUAUAGAACUUUAACAUUAAUUAUCACACUUAUGUAGACGAUACAAAACUUUAUGUCAACGGCUGCAGCACAACAGACUUACAGUGUCUGCGUCUGGAGCAAAUAAACACUUGGAUGAAUUUUCUACAAUUAAAUAAAGACAAAAUGAGAUUAUUCUGUCUGGUAGCAAAGAGAAGAGGGUCAGCCUUGGUAAAUACCUGGAGAUCCGGGCUCUUAAAAUCACCGACCAAGUUGAUAACCUUGGAAUGUUGAUACCUGACUUUCAGCAGCCACAUCAAAGCUGUCACUAAGACAGCUUUUUAUCAACUCAGAAACAUCAACACAAUUAAAAGUUUUGUAUCCUAAAAAGACCAGGAGAAACUCAUCCAUGUUGUCUUUAUACUGGUUUCCAGUCAGUUACAGAAUAGACUUUAAAAGCCCGUUGAUAGAUUAAAAAUCCCAGAAUCCGACUGUUAUAUGUUCAGAAAUGAUAAAUCUAGCAGGAUUCUUAGAUUGGAAGACCCACGUCCAGACCAGAGUCCAGACCAGAGUCCAGACCAGAGUCCGGACUAAACAUGGAGAAGCAGCAUUUAGCUGUUCUGCUGCAAACAAAUGGAACAAACUGCCAGUGGAGAUUAAACUUUCACCAAAUGUAGACACUUUUAAAUCCAGGUUAAAAACAUUUCCUUGCUUAUGCAUCAAUGCAUGAAAUCUGCACGAUAACUCUAAACUUAUCUACAUUGUUGUUUGCUUUAAAGGAUUUAAAUUAUUUCCAUUACAUGAUUUUAUUCUGAUUUUUGCACACUCUAAAUUAUGUCUUAAUAUGAUUUUGAUUCUCUUUUUUUUCUUUUAUGUAUUUUUUAUGCUUCUUCUGCACCAUGCUGUAAUGCUUUUAAUGUUUUAUGAAAGGCACUUUGAAUUGAGUUGUACAUGAAAUGUGAUGUACAAAUAAAGUUGCCCUGCCUGUUGUUGUUUUAG